UGCCACUUUAACAGGCCCCGGGGUCAUGUGAGCGGAAGUGGUGGCCGGUUCCUGCCGUGAGGGUUUGCUUCCGCCUUGUGGCCCUGGUGUCUGUUAGGGGCGGAAAGUGAGGCCCGGGAUGAGGUCGGAGCUAGCCUGGAUGAGCCGUGGGUGAGGUCCCGGAUGACGUGUCCACGCAUGAGCCCCUGAGGACUUUCCCCAACCCGUCCAAGGAUGAGCAAGCCGUGGGGCUUGCCGAAUGGUGACCUGGAGCAGAGCCUUCCUGCCAUUGCUUCCUCACUCUCGUACAGCCAGGGCUUCUCGCCCCACCACUACUUCUCCCCGGAAAGGCGAAGGAUCAUUUCAGAUGUCCGGCGGACCUUUUGCCUCUUUGUGACCUUCGACCUCCUUUUCAUCUCACUUCUCUGGAUAAUCGAGCUGAACACCUCCAAAGGCAUCCAGUAUAAUUUGAAAGAAGAAAUUAUCAACUACAACUAUAAAUCAUCUUUUUUUGACAUCUUUCUCUUAGCUGUUUUCCGGUUCUCACUGCUGCUUCUGGGAUAUGCCAUUCUACGGCUCCGGCACUGGUGGAUUAUUGCGGUCUCAACCUUGGUGUCCAGCGCCUUCCUGAUAGUGAAAGUCAUCCUCUCAGACCUCCUGGCCAAAGGUGCCUUCGGUUAUCUCCUGCCCAUUGUCUCAUUUGUCCUUGCCUGGCUGGAAACAUGGUUUUUGGACUUCAAAGUUCUACCUCAGGAGGCCGAGGAAGAGCAGUGGUACUUGGCGGCUCAGGCUGCUGUGGCCCGUGGCCCGCUUCUCUACUCCGGAGCGCUUUCCGACGGCCAGUUCUAUUCCCCUCCAGAAUCUGCUGCAGGAUCAGAUGACUCCGACGAUGAGCUGUUGGGAAAGAGGGCACUCACGGAUGAGGAGAGGGAGUACGUCCGGCAAGGCAAGAUUGCCAUGGAAGGGUUGGAUCAGAUCUUAGCUCAAGAGGAGAACUGGACCUUUGAGAAAUGCAGCGACUUUGGCGACACAGUUCACUGCCUUGAGAUGCCGUUCUAUGGCAAGGUUUUCAUCCUCAAGGCUGUCCUGCAGUGUCCUGCUGAGAUUAUCUACCAGGAGAUGAUUCUGCAGCCCGAGAAGAUGGUCCUGUGGAAUAAAACCUUGUUAACGUGCCAGAUCUUGCAACGAGUCGAUGACAACACGACAAUAUCCUACGAUGUGGCUGCAGGCGCCGCUGGCGGUGUUGUAUCGCCCAGGGACUUUGUCAACGUGCGUCGGAUUGAGAGAAGGAGAGACCGCUACAUUUCAGCAGGGAUGUCAACAGUUCAUAUUUUGCGCCCGCCGACUUCAAAAUACGUCAGGGCAGAGAACGGGCCAGGGGGGUUUGUGGCCUUGAAAUGUCCCACGAAUUCGAAUCUCUGCACCUUGAUCUGGGUACUCAAUGCGGACCUCAAGGGCCGCCUUCCCCGAUACCUCAUCAACCAAAGCUUGGGUGCCACCAUGACAGAGUUCAUGUUCCACUUGCGCAAGCGGGUUAUGGAGGUCGCAGCAAAGUCUUAAGUUCUGGAGAUUCUGUGCUCUGGAGUCACCUCUGGAGGGUUCUCAGUGCCCGCGGGGGCUGAAGAACUGGAGUCCCUUUUUUUCCUAGCAGACAGCAGCGAUCCUGUCUUAACUGCUGUCUGUCAGCAAAGGGCCUGCAGUCUUUUUGAAAUAAAGGCCCGGGACGAUGAUCCAACGACGAAGCUGAAGUGAGGCCACAGUCGGUCUCAACAAGAGCAAAUCGGAGAGACGUGCUGCAGUGUCUUCCUCGAAUGAUCAAAGUUCGCGUUGGCGCCGGAUGCUGAGCCACUUUCUGGGUUUCAGCUGUGCCAAAUCCCUUCAUUAUCAUGCUUCCAACGUCUGAGUGCUUUACCUGCAUAACUCUUGGUUUUCCUUUCCCUGGUCGUGAUCAUUUUGGUUUCUGAUGGUUGUGUGCCCAGAAACUUUUUCAAGAUGCCUUUUGUAGGAGAGUUGAACAGCCUGGCAGGUCCAGCGGGGAGUUUGGGGGGGGGGGGGGGGGGGGAUGCAGCGGUUGAAGCCAGAGACUUUUCUAGCGUGCUGCUAAGUCCAGAACCUAACGUUGCCUUCCCUCCUGAAAUUCUGGGAACAGUCUGGAGAGACAACUGUCAGGGUUCCUGCGCUCUGGUUUCUCAUCUGUAUGCAAAAGUACACAUCAAGUACACGUAACUUUUCUAUUGAUCAUGUCUCUGUGCUUGUUCCCCCUUGCCUGGCUUCCCGCAUCUCCCUUCAGCUACACGCAUCAACGCCCACAUUUCCCAGUCAAAAUCGACCCAUUCCACAUUGGCUGGCAGCUUUUGAGUCUGUCUUCCGCUCUCUUCCAAUCCUUGAGUCCUGCAGUCUGUUUAUGUCCCCAAAAAGCUUAGGAUAGUGGUAGAGGAACUUGGCACCUUUCUCUAUAGUGAUGCAGUGAGGUUGUUGUGAGUGUAAUGCAGCCUUGGACUUUUCGUCCAGUUGGUAAUCCUGUCAUGCGUAGUUCUGUUCUCCCUGGCAGAAGAUGUCUUUACUGUAGCAGCUCAGGCCUGUCGACAGGAAAGUAACCCCCCCCCCAAAAAAAACCUGAAGUUGCCUUUCUGUGUGAAUGCAUCUGCUGAUUUUUAAAAAAUAAUAAUAAUGCCCCCACUUCUCAAGCUGUGAACUUUACAUCAAAACUCAGGUCUCCGAAUUUGCAAAGGUAGGAGAAGGGAUUGUGGCUAGCAGGUAGUUGGAAUGGAAUUGACAUUUCAGAUACUGUAAAGCGGGGGUGGCCAACCUAUGGUGCUUCAGAUGUCCAUGGACUACAAUUCCCAUCAGCCCCUGCCAGCAUCCUGAUGGGAAUUGUAGUCCAUGAACAUCUGGAGCACCAUAGGUUGACCACCCCUGUCUGGUCUACAAGGCUAGGUGUUGGGAUUGGGGGCUGUGUGUGUGUGGAGAAAUGAAGACUGAUAUUAAAAUGUAAGUGCAAUAUAGUAGCGACGUGACUGAUUUCCUUGAUUGAGGUGUGGGCAAAGGCAGAAUUUGGAUGGCAGGAAAGUUACAUGUCGAAGGCUGGCUUGGACGUCCAACUGAAGAAUGCUUAUCUGGCCCUAGGGUUGCUUGCAACUGAGGACCGUACCAGGCGCACGUGGCUUUUCCCAUAACGUGGGCAGCAGAAACUGCAGUGAGGGCAUUCUUCCUUUUCGUCUGCCAAGGGAUAAAUGUACCCCCAAGUGGGAGCCAUUCUGCUGAGCCUGGCCUUUAGGAGUGGGACUUCAUAGCACCCUGUCUCCAAUUCCGGUCAACCCAGGCACCCAAAAGCACGCCUUUUGAAAUUCUGAUUGCUCCCAUGAUCCUCCAGUGCCAAUGCUUUGGAAGAAGUGGUAGGGAGUUGUGUUGGGGUUCAAUUGGAAUUUGAGUCUCACAGGAGGCCAGUGAUGUGCACUGAUGGUUCACUGGAGGCCUUUCAGUGCCAGCUGAGGGGGGGACAGCUAGGAUGAGCAUUCAGCACUGGAUUUGAGCCGCAUGACUUCCUCCAGAGCCGGGCAUCUCACUUGUCUGCCCAAUGUCAACGCCCAGCCUCGUUUUCAAAAGCCAUCCUCUCGGGCUCUGUCUGCUCAUUUCCCUGUGAAUGAAUCUUAUUUAGUGCAUCUUGUGCAUCGGGUGGAUCUUUCAACAGUCCCAUGUCUUUGGUUCAGAGGGCGGAGCUUGCAAGACAUCACUGCUGCAGAGGUUCUACACUACAGACUUGAUGUUGGAUCUCCAGAGAUGACAGUGAGGGGCAGAUCUCUAGGGGUGUCUGUGCUUUUGGCUGGGGAGAUUGACAGGAAGUCACCCCUUUUCUGAGAGAAGCCAUUUUUAAAACAUAUAUAAAUCUGCUGUCCCCCUUUGAAGCGCCUUGGAGGUUUUAUCCAAAGCUGGUCCCCAUGUGGGACUGCAGAAAGGGGGGGGCUGCAAACUUGGUGGGAUUAAGAAACUGUUUUGUGGAUUUGUUGAUCUGUGAAGUGGAAGGUGGAAGUAACUUUAACAAAAACGAAAUCCGCUUUGAAUAACACGUUUGCCUUCUGCCUUGAGUCUCUGUAACUUGAACCAAUAAAAACUAACCAGAAAAGAAA